GUAAUAGAAAUGUUGGUUAAAACAUUACAUUUCUUUUGACAAGGAAAAGUAACACAUCACAAAAUGUCUCGCUUCGCCAUCUUCGCCCUCUUUGCCCAGGCUUGUCUGAUACAGGCGGUUUUCAGCCAACAGUGUGGUUGUAGUCAAAUCUCUUAUGGAUCGCCCGGCCUCAUCGAGCUCGGCGGCAUCGAGAAAAUAAGCCUAAGCGCACCCAGUGCCAGCAUCAGCUACAGUGCACCUAGCAUCAGUGUGAGCUCACCCGGCUACGCAUCCGCGUCGUACGGCGGCGCGGGCACCGGCCAGGUCGGCGUGUCCGGCGACAUCGGCGCGAGCGGCCAGACCGUCGUCGUCGGCUCCGUGCCCGUGCUCGGCUCCGUCGACUUCGGUGGCAAGGUGGCUGCGUCCGGCUCCGUGUCCAUCUCCGGACAGUGCGGAUGCGGGUGCAAAGCUCCAGAGCUGGAACCGCUGCUGGAGCCACCGAUCUGCUGCGUGAUGGCGACGCUGUCCCCGCAGCCAUACGAUACCGGCGCCGUACCGCUGGUGUCGAACUGGCCCUCGAACGCCACCGCGCUCAGGUACGGCAGCGUACCGGACAGGUCCAAGUUCCCGGACAGGCCCAGGUCCGUGGCGACGGCGAUGCCGGACGGCGCGAUGGGACCGAGGCUAGUCACGGACAGGGUCCUCGUCUUCUGUGUUCAAGCUCUCCUGAUUCAGGCCGUUCUGAGCCAGACAUGCGGUUGUAACCAGUACUCAUACUCGUCCGGCCUGAGCUCACAGAGCUGCGGCUCGUACGGCGGCACCGGCACCGGACAGGUGGGCGUGUCCGGCAACAUCGACGCGUGCGGCCAGACCUGCGUCACCGGCUCCGUGCCCGUGCUCGGCUCCGUGGACUUCGGUGGAUGCGUGCCCGCCUGCGGCUCCGUGUCCAUCUGCGGUCAGUGCGGAUGCGGAUGCAAUUAAUUUGAUUGUUGAAUAAUAAGAAUAUGCAUUAAAAUACGUUUUAUUGAA